UCUUUUAUAUACACUUGUUUAUCUAUAACUAAUCCAUCACACAUUUUUCAGUUUAAUUUUGUACGACUGUGUGUGAAGCAUUGAAUAUGAUUUACAAAAUCAUUUUUAUGUUGUUUAUUGUCACAUUCGUCGUAGGGUCAAAACAUGACCAGUAUAAAGGAUACAAAGUAUACACAUUCAACUUAACAUCAGCAUAUCAACGGGAUAAUUUUGAUCAUCUCAAAAGUGACGUCAUUGAUUACUGGAUUUUGCCAAAUUUGGAGUUGAAGAGGGCCGGGAGAGUUAUGGUGCCUGCCUCCCACCAAUCCUGGUUCGAAGAGAACCUUCGGGAACUUGGUAUGCCGGUGGAGGUGUUAAUACAGGAUGUAUAUGAAUACCUGAUGAAGAAGGAGAAUGAAGACAGCUUGCAGAGAAAUCUUGAAAACCAGAUGAUACUAUCGAGGCGAUCGAGAGAUCGAGUGUACAAUUUGACACGUUACCUACGUUAUAAUGAGAUUUUGGAAUACGCCCUCGACUUACAAGAAGAAUUUUUAACGUCACCAAACAUAUCUUUAGAUGUAGUUGCAUUCUCUCAAAAUACAUUCCAAAAUAGAGAAUUGUUCUAUCUGAAACUAACAUCUUCAAGUGCUGUGGCUGAACCCAAACCAGUUAUUGUGAUAGAAGCGGCAUCUGUAGCUAGAGAAUGGAUAACUGUUCCUUCAGCCAUGUACAUUGUUGAUAUGUUAUUGGAAGAUGAGCAGUAUCAGCUUUUAGAAGAAUUUGAGUGGAUUGUAAUACCAGUUUUGAAUCCUGAUGGAUACGAGUUCAGUCAUACAAAUACUCGACUUUGGAUCAAAUCACGACGCACAAAUUUACUGCCCCUCGUUUGUGUCGGUGUGAACAUUAAUCGUAACUUCGACAUUGAUUUUGGUAAUUUCGACUCGAGCACCAAUUACUGCAGUGACACCUACGAUGGAGGAUCCCCAUUCUCCGAGCCAGAAAGCCAAUUCGUCCAAUCAAUUGUUGAAGAAUAUCGCGACAGGAUAAAGUUGUACAUCUCUUUGCAAAACAAAGGUGGAUUGAUCACGUAUCCAUGGAGCUAUGAACGGGCUGCAUCAGCGUUAUUCAAACAACAUCAUAUGUUGGCUUUAUCUAUGAUAAGUGUUAUGAAUGGAAAUUAUACAGUGGGUGUGUCAUCUGUAGCUAUUGAAAGAGCUUCGGGUACAAGCAGCGAUUAUGUUAGGAGAAACGGAGUAAGAUAUACGUUUAAUUUAGAUAUAGGAAGCGUUGAUAACAAUGUCGUGAUACCGGUUCAAGAAAUACCGACGAUUGUUGAAGACGUUUGGUGGGCGGUCUCGACUGCGGCGAGGGAAAUUGUUUAUUAAAUUGUUGUGAAUAUUUA